UAUAACACACUUUAACCACAACAGAUAGUCUGGUGUGAUAAUUAUCUAAUCGGAAGACUAUGCUUUCUCCAAUGUGUUGACUGGGUCUUAUCAUUAGAAAUCUUCUCAAUGGAGCCCUGAGAAUCAUCUGUCUGGAGUCCCGAAUCUCCUGGCCUACUUUUACUCCUAUUGUAAACGAACAGAAAAACACAGAAGGUAAAGAGGGCAGAAAUAAUGGAUCGUCUGCUGAGGAGAUGCCGAAUCAAGAGCAGCUUGGUCAGAGAAUGUCUGGCUGAAUGUUUCGGAGUCUAUGUUUUAAUACUUUUUGGGUGUGGCUCAGUUGCCCAGGUGACGACCUCUAAAAACACUAAGGGAGAGUACCUGUCAAUCAACCUCGGAUUUGCAUUGGGCACCACAUUUGGAAUCUAUAUUGCAAAAGGGGUAUCAGGAGCUCACCUGAAUCCAGCUGUUUCUCUCAGCCUGUGUGCCCUGGGCAGGUUCUCCUGGACUCGUCUUCCUUUCUAUGUGUGGUCGCAGCUAUUAGGUGCAUUUCUGGCUGCAGCAACUGUUGCUCUUCAGUACUAUGAUGCCAUAAUGGAUUUCACUGAAGGGCAUCUGACAGUUAGUGGUGCCACUGCCACAGCUGGCAUCUUCUCAACUUACCCAGCAGACUACUUGAGUCUAUGGGGGGGAGUGGUAGACCAGAUAAUUGGCACAGCCGCUCUGCUAGUAUGUGUUCUUGCAUUGGGAGACCCUCAUAACACACCAGCUCCUCCUGGUCUGGAGCCUGUCCUGGUAGGAGCAGUUGUCCUGGUGAUCGGCAUUUCGAUGGGAUCUAACAGCGGAUAUGCCAUCAACCCAGCACGAGACUUUGGACCAAGACUCUUCUCUUACAUUGCAGGCUGGGGAGACGAGGUGUUCAGAGCUGGACAUGGAUGGUGGUGGGUACCGUUGAUUGUAACGUGUGUAGGUGCUCUUCUGGGUUCGUUACUUUACGAGCUGCUGAUCGGAGUACAUCAUCCAGAGCCAAUGGAUCCUGAAGGCCCGACAGUGAUGGUCCAGAAAACUGUGGAGUUAGAGGGUGUGCAUCCAAAGUUUGACACCAUUAAAGAAAAUGGCAAGGACGGGAUCUUUUCCUUAACCUCAACAUACAUAAGCUAAAGUGAAAAUAAUCUGUCAAACACAUGAUGGAAUCUGAAUUGUUAUUAUUUAUAUAUUAAAUGUAUUUAAUUAUAACUUCUUUUUUUGAAGCAUAAUCAUUAUCACAAUAAUGUCUGGGAAAGUUUUAUGAACUACAUGACCUUAUUGGGGUCUUCUAUAUCAUGUCUAGUAAUUUAGGAUUUUUUUGUAGGUUUAUAAUCAAAUAUAUCAACAAUGACUUUGUAAAAUCCUGAAGGCUCGCUAAUGUCUUAAAAACGUUACUAUUUAAAACAAUGUAGCAAAAUAUCUAUACAAUAUAUACUGUUGAAUUGUGGUGCAGUAAAGACUACUUCAUAUUUUGUUUAAGCAAAAUCAAACAUACUCAAUUCCAGCUCCAAUGAAGCAGUAAAACUGUACAAUAUUUGGUUUUAUGUUACGAUUAAUCAUUUUAACAAUUAACUAACAUCAAUGCACUGUGAACUAACGUAUAAAUACUACUAACGUUAACAAAAAUGUAUAAACUCUGAGUAUUACUUAAUGCACAGACAAAUGAGACCUUACUGUGAAGUUCUAUCUAUAAAUUUUCUACUUAAAAAUGUAU